AUGACUUCGACUCCCCCUCCAACCGUCACCGAGCCGUGGACAAGCACAGGCACGAGCAAAACAACCGGCUCCGAUGGCACCAUCACAGUGUUUACCCCUGCUGUCGUCACCCCCACCUCCUCGGUGCCCCCAACAGUGUCUUCGCCAGGGACCGGAACGGCCACCAGCACGGCAACGGGAACGGACGGAACAAUCACCAUCUUCACACCCACCGUGGCGCCUACAACAACUGGACUGCCCAUUGUGACGACUCCCGGGACAGACACAACUACUGGAACCACCACCGGCGCUGACGGCACGGUCACUGUUCUCACGCCUGCCGUCACACCCACCACAACUGGAUUGCGCGUCAAAACGACGCCAUAUACCGGGACCAUCGCCAGCACCAGCACGGGAGUUGACGGCACGGUCACCGUAUUCACACCCACCUCGGCGCCUUCAACCACUGGCUUGCCCGUCAAAACCGUCCCAGGCGGCGGAACCACCACCAGCAUCCGCACGGGAAGCGACGGCAUCGUCACCAUCUUCACACCAGCGGCGACUCCUCCUCCUCCUGCCGGCGGCGCGACUCAGCCACCGCCUACCCUCAUCAUCCCCGGGACAGCAAUCACCGCGCCCGUCACCGCCACCGGCAAAGACGGGACCGUGACGAUUGCCACUCCUCCAGGUACUGGCGGACCAGGCACGCCGCCCACGCUCGUCGUUACCGGCACUGGCUCCGUGGCGGCGACGGCGACGGGACGCGACGGCACAGUCACCAUCACGAGGCCAACGUGCGCGGCAACGUGUUCGCCCGUCACCAUCACGGUUCCCUGGCCUGGCGGCGUGGGGACGAGCUCGAGCACCGACGCGAACGGCGACGUGACCGUGUUCACGCAAACCCCGCCGGUAGUUGUGGGCACAGACUCUGGAUCUGGCGGCGGCAAUAACACGCCAGUGGUUCCUGUGGGUGCUGCCACGGGCAGAAUGGUAGCGGUGGGCUAUGGUUGGGCACUCCUGGGCCAUUUGGCGCUUGGUCUGUUCUUUUAG